CGUCGUUCCCCGGCAGCAUCAGCAACGCAGCCUCCGGCAGCACCUGCUCCUCCUCAGCGCCUCCUCCUCUUCCUCGCGCUCCUCCUCCUCGUGCUCCUCCUCGCGCUCCUCCUCCUCGUGCUCCCCCUCCUCAGCACUGCAGCAGCACCGCGCGCACAGACGGUCGGUGCAGUCUUCAGGGAAAUAAGGUGGAUAUAUAAAAGGUAGAAGAAGAAAAAUGGUGAAACUGGGGAGUAAUCUUCAAGACAAAGGGGCCAAAGCUGCAAGUGUGGAGGACGGCUUCCAGAAUGUGCCCCUCAUCACUCCUCUGGAUGUGGCCAACCUCCAGAGCCAAGCACCUGACAAGGUGGUGGUGAAAACCCGAACAGAGUAUCAGACAGAGAAGAAGAGGCUCAAGGUUCCCAAAGUGGAGGAGUUCACCAUCAGCUUUACUGACGGAGUGUCUGAAAGACUUAAGGUGACCAUUCUGAUCAUCCUGGCCCUGGCCUUCCUUGCCUGCAUCGUGUUCCUGGUGGUCUAUAAAGCCUUCACCUACGACCACGCAUGCCCCGAUGGCUUCAUAUAUAAGCACAAGCGGUGUAUCCCUGCUUCGUUGGAGGCCUACUACGCUGCUCAGGACGCCAACUCCAGGGGCCGUUUCUACACAGUGAUCAGCCACUACAGUAUGGCCAAGCAAACCACUUCGCACUCUGUCUCCCCCUGGCUGCCCGGAGUAGCUGGUGGGCAGCAGCAUAAUGUUAAACUGCCCAACAAUGAUGGCCACUGAGUCUGCAGAGUGGAUAAAGGGCACUGCAGGACGUGAUCGCACAGAUACACACCGACGUUAGCAGAUUUAGACAUAAAAAUACAAACAUCGAGGCAAAUAUUUAGCAAUGUUGGCAAAAGAGAUCCAUGUACACAUAAUCUAGAGUGGAAAACAUGCAUGCAGACAUAAAAUUACACAAGAUGAUUGGUCAUAUUCUGGUUUAUCUUGUUUAUUGGGGAAAUUUGUGACUUAUCCUUUGCUGUCAGCUCUUUCAUGACCCUGUUGAUAUUCAGUGUCUAUUUACUGAGUCAUAAUCUUCUUUUUUUUUUUUACUGUAACAUAUAGAUGUUUUGUAUGUGAUUAUCAGGCAGCUCUUUGUACAAACGCACAACGCUUAAUUUCACCCUCCAUGUUUGUGAGAUCCUUUGGGUAAUUUUUUUGUGUACAUUAUACUGUAGUUACUGUAUAUUUCUGUGUGGUCUCUCUCUUUCUCUGACUUUCAAUUGCUAACUAUUGAUCAAACACCAUGCUUUAUUUCAGUGUUAUUGCCAGAAGAUUCUCAUUGCCAAAA